AUGAAUUCAGAAAUUAACACCAUCAAAGAAGAAGACGUCCUUAUUAUACGCAACAUGCAGGAAACUGGAUUUAUAGUCUCGUUCUGUGAAACGUUUAAGUCAUACUUAAAAGGAAUCGACUUCUGGCCUGAGGAAUUAGAACGUGCAAUCGCAGACAGCGCAGAAAAUGAUUUGAUCGAGCAAAUUCAUUGUGCCUUUUUAUCUAAUUGUCUAAAUCGUUUCAAGCAAGUAACUCGACAAUCAUGGAAAAAACUCUUGUCCGAUACCAUAGACCAGAAAUUAAAAAAGAGCUACCAAUUCUAUCAAGAUUAUAAUCCCCUUCGUAGGGUCAAAAGUUACCAUGAACUUGACGUUAAAGAUAAGGUUCUAAUUUUGAAUAAUCUCGUAAAUUGGCAACUACAAGAAUGUAAACAAAUCCGAAAGGCAAUUGAGGAGGAAUACCGAAAAUCAAAAAAGAAUAAAGAUAACUCUCUCAUAGUUGAACCUUAUGGCGAUGAUAGGAAAGGAAGGAAAUAUUUUUACUUUGGAAAGGGGGCCCGACUUUAUCGAGAGACGGUUUUACCAGGGAAGGGAAAAAAUCCCGACCGAUAUAAAUUUGAGACUAUCACCACAACCAUUGAAGAUUUAGAAAAUUAUGUAAAUGAUCCAAAAGAAAUAAAAGCCUCCGCCAGAAAAGACAAAGCUCUCUACAAUAAUUUGGUGAAAGAGCUUAUACCUGCGGUCAAGGAAUCAAUCGACGCCAAAGAAAGGAAAGAAUCCCGAAAGUUACGCCAGGAAAAAUUAGCUCAAAAAGUUGCGCUGAUGCAUGCAAACUCUGAAGUAGUUGCAAGUCGUACCCGAAGUGGAACAAGGAAAGCUCUCGGCUUAGAACCAUAUCCCAUAAGACAAGCAUCAUCCGUCACCGCCGAAUCAUCAAAUUCAUCAAAUAGAAACGAAGAUGAAUAUACUGGUCCUCAUAUGACAAGAUCACGGUCAAAUCGUAAUUAUGUUAAAAGAAAAUAUCUUGAAUCAUCAACAGAUGAGGAGGAGGAUGCUAAUGCUCAAAAUUCAACAAGGCCUGUUCGGGCCAGUAAAAGGUUAAGAGCAGAAAGUUCCGGUUCAUCACCACACACAAACGGAGUCGGAGUCACCACAAGAUUAAGAGUACUGGGCGAGGCCAACUCUGAUGAAGCAAGCGAAGUAGGCGAAACAAAUGAAGCAAAUGAAAUAAACGAAAUAAAUGAAAUAAACGAAGUAAAUGAAAUAAACGAAGUAAAUGAAAUAAAUGAAGCACACGAAGCAAACGGCAAUGGAGUAGUUUUCCCUGGGGCUACUCCAUUGGUCCAAGGUGAGGACUCCGAAACCCCGAUAUUUAAGGAAGUUUUCGGAAGCGAUUCCGAAAACUUGUCUGAACCUUCAUUAUCUUCGAUUGAAGGUGGUUCAGUAAGCGAUUACAAACCUGAGGAUGGUGAAGUUUCAGACGAUGAAUAA